AUGGCUGAACGAGAGCUUACUUUAAGGGAGAUGGCUAUAUUUGUCAUCAAUCAACAGCCUUUGUGCAUUGCCUAUCCAAACAUCGAUGCCAAUUUUGAACUCAAAUCCGGUUUGAUCCAUUUAUUGCCUACUUUCCGAGGAUUAUCAGGUGAGGACCUUUAUAAAGACUUGAAAGAAUUUCAUGUUGUUUGUUCCACUAUAAAACCACAAGGGGUAAGUGAAGAGCAAAUUAAACUGCGUGCUUUCCCUUUCUCUUUAACUGAUAAGGCUAAGGAUUGGCUAUAUUAUUUACCAUCAGGUUCUAUCACUAGUUGGGAUGAGCUUAAAAGACAAUUCUUAGAAAAAUUCUUUCCUGCUUCUAGGGCCACCUCCAUUAGAAAGGAAUUAUGUGGGAUUAGACAAUAUAGUGGGGAGACACUUUAUGAGUAUUGGGAGAGGUUUAAUCAGCUCUGUGCCAGUUGUCCUCAUCAUCAAAUUUCUGAUCAGUUAUUAAUUCAAUAUUUUUAUGAAGGUUUAUUGUUGUCUGACAGGAAUUUGAUCAAUGCAGCAAGUGGUGGAGCUUUGGUUAAUAAAACUUUAAUAAAAGCAAAAAGAUUGAUCUCAACAAUUGUCGCCAAUACUCAACAAUUUGGCAUUAGACAGGAUGCAACUGUGAAAAGGGUUAAUGAGGAGGACACACAUAAAGAUGUUAAUGUCGUAGGGGGUUAUCAGAACCAAAAGAGGUAUGAUCUGUACUCGAAUACCUAUAAUCCGGGAUGGAGAGAUUACCCGAAUUUUAGUUAUAGCCAAAAGAACAAUAACUUUCAGCAGCCUAGAUACCAAAAUAGGCCGCCCCCUCAUCAAGCGUUUAAUCCAACACCCCUACCUCAGCCGAAAGGUAUGUCUCUUAAACAAAUUGUUACUGCACUUGCUAAUAAUGCACAACAAUUUCAACAGGAGACAAGGGCUAGCAUUCAGAAUCUAGAAAAUCAAAUUGUGGUGAAUCCAAAGCAAGAUGCAAAUUUUACUGAGAAUAUCAAUGCAAUCACCCUGCGGAGUGGUAAAGAGUUAAAGGAUCCUAAAAAGAAGAUUUUAAAAUACGUAAAAGAAAAGGAGAUCGAAUGCAAAAUUGAGCCAAAAGAAGCCCAAAAAUCGUCCCCUCUUGUAGAGAAGUGCACGCCACCUUCUGUGGUCAUUCCACUUCCUUUCCCGAGCCAACUUGUAAAGAAAAAAAAGGAACAACAAGAACAAGAGAUCCUUGAAGUCUUCCACAAAGUUGAGGUAAAUAUUCCCCUUUUAUAUGUUAUUAAACAAGUUCCUAGAUAUGCUAAAUUCCUUAAGGAAUUAUGCACAUCAAAAAGAAAACUAAAAGGAGAUGAAAAAGUGCAUGUUAGUGAGAAUGUUUCAGCCGUUCUCCAAAGAAAAUUGCCUCAAAAGUGUAAAGAUCUAGGUCCUUUUCCAUUAUCUUUUGGUAAUUCCUAUAUUCUUUUAGCUGUUGAUUAUAUUUCUAAAUGGAUUGAAGCUAAGGCAACAAGAGCUGAUGAUGCUAAAACUAUUGUACGAUUUGUCAAGACUUACAUUUUUUCCAAGUAUGGAACACCAAGAGCCAUUAUACGUGAUCGUGGAACCCAUUUUUGCAAUCGGGUCAUGGAGGCAUUACUUAAGAAGUACAAUGUCACUCACCGAGUCUCCACCGCAUACCAUCCGCAAACGAGUGGACAAGCUGAAGUUGCAAAUAGAAAGGAUUAG